GAGCCCAUCAAAGUGUGACUCGGUUAUGUGAGAGAUAGAGAAGCAUCAGUGCGGAGGCAGACACACGCAAACAUGACUGCAGCUGUUCUCCUGCUCUGUGUUGUCGGGGUCGUCUGCUCGGACGUGGCGUCGGCACAGUCCCCGGCUUGUGAGCCCAGUCCUGAGGUGGCAUGUUUUGCACCAGCCGAUCAUCUUAAUGCAUUUGGACCCGUCCCCCUGUCAGCGUGUGCUGGUCAGAAACUCAUCAUAACACUGGAGAGCUUCAGUGGACGCUCUGUGUGCCACUGGACCAGAGGAAAAGAGCCUGUAACGACAGUGAAAAAUCAAAACACAAUUGUCCUACCACAAGUUUCUGAGAGAGAUUCUGGCGAGUACACGCUGAGCUGUGAGACAAGCAAUGGGACCAGGUCUUCGAUGCCUGUGUCCUUUCAUGUCAUCACAAGUCGGCCCACAAAACCACAGCUGAUGCUGAAGCUUGCAGCUGUCAGAAGAGCAUCGUCUCUUUUCAAAUGCGUCUCUGAGGGCUGCCCAAGGCCCACACUUCAGUGGUCUGGGACAAGUGUGAAUACAGAAAACACAAAAAACAGUUGGGCGGCAGAGAGCACAAUAUCAUCAACUGAUUAUCAUGAGAAAGGCGUCAUGUGCUGUGCUACUAACGCCCAAGAGGAACAGGAAUGCUCUCAGCUUUAUGACUAUGAUCUAGAAAUUGAUGGAAUGCAAAGAGAUGAGGUCUCUAACGUGACUCUGAGCCCCGGUCAGUCGUUACUGCUCCGCUGCAGAAUACAACAGUACGCAGGUCCAGCUGUUGUGUGGGAGAAAGUUGGCAAAACGCUGGAUGUGUUAGCGUGCUCCUCAGACGAAAAGAAGAUCUGCAUCAAACAGGACAGGCAUUUUAAAUCUUCUAUGACGUACCUAUUAAUCAAAUCAGUCACUGCGGAGGACAGUGGAACCUACACCUGCAGGAGUCCAAAAAACAAAACUAAGUCUGUUCAUGUCCACGUCCAGGCCAAAGGUUUUCUCUCUGUCCAGCUGAGUAAGAGCAAGAUCGUUGCAGCUCAGAAUGCAUCCAGCUCCUGUCUGCAGGCCAGUGUCUCCUACCACCCUGUGCUCCAGCACUGCUCCUGGGAGGCUCCCAAUAAAACCAUUACCAAAUGCAUUAGGGACAAGUGGGUAACAAAGCACAGGACUGUGAAACUAUGCAAUCAACUCAAAACCGGAGAUUACAAGUUACACUUGGAGGCCGGAGGACAUAAGGAAACAAAGACUGUAUCAGUGUGUGUUGUCGACAAGCCGAAGUUCAGUUUUGACGUCAACUACACUAAUGACGUCCUCACCAUUGUGGUUGUGAGUCUUGUGCCAGCGAAUUACACCUGGAUGGUUUGUUCCUCUUCACAUAACGACAGCUGUGACACAGAUUCCUCCUGGACAGGAAUCUCACACACCUUCCACACAGACUCUGACGUCUCCUGCAACAAAACGUUGAAGAGCUCGCUGAGGAGAGAGCAGGCAAACGGGCCCCAUUUAAAGUUCUGCCUCACCAACUCAGUCGGGUCUUGGUGUUACGUACUAUACUACCCACCUGUGCCCCAGACCUCCACAGGCACUCAAAACGGGGACAACAACAGCGCGAUGCUGCUGAAAGUGGGCAGCAUCUUGCUGCUUCUGGCUUUGUCGGUUGUCACCAUGGCGCUCAUGUACUUUGUCAAAAAGAAGAAACCCCAGUAUCAGCCACAGCUGCAGAUGAUCCAGAUGGUCGGACCCAACGACAACGACUACAUUUACAUCAACUUUAAGGACUUUGAGUACAACCAGAAAUGGGAGUUUCCCAGAGAGAACCUGGAACUGGGUAAGGAACUGGGCUCUGGGGCUUUCGGGAUGGUGGUCCAAGCGACCGCCUAUGGCAUCAACAAGCCUGGAGUGUCACAGCAGGUGGCUGUAAAAAUGCUGAAAGAGAAACACCAGACAGUGGAGAAGGAGGCGCUGAUGUCGGAGCUGAAGAUGGUGACUCACAUCGGUCACCACACCAACAUCGUGAACCUGCUCGGGGCGUGCACAGAAACAGGACCCAUAUACCUGAUUUUCCAGUACUGCUGUUAUGGAGACCUGCUGAACUACCUGAAGAACAACAGCGAGCGCUACCACAAGUCUGUGACUGACGCGUUCAACAAAGACCGCUUCAGCAGCCUCUACCACAACCUGCCGCCUCAGGGGUCCGGCUCCAGGGAGCUACAAACACUGGACAAUUAUGUGCCCAUGUACCACGCGGCCACCAGGGGGCAGGAGGACAUCGCCCUACUUGCCAGUGACAUAGAUGUCUAUGAAGAGAUGUUUGGAAAGCUGGACGAUCAGACACAGGACCUGCAGACCCUGACCUUUGAUGACCUGCUGAGCUUCGCCUUACAAGUGGCCAAAGGCAUGGAGUUCCUCUCCUCCAAGAAUUGUAUCCACAGAGAUUUGGCCGCUCGCAACGUGUUAGUGACUAAAGGUCGCCUGGUGAAGAUUGGCGAUUUCGGACUGGCCCGGGACAUCAACAACGACAGCAACUACGUCGUGAGAGGAAAUGUCCGUUUACCGGUCAAGUGGAUGGCACCAGAGAGCAUUUUCCAGGGCUUGUACACCAUGAAGAGCGAUGUUUGGGCCUAUGGCAUUCUGCUCUGGGAGAUUUUCUCACUUGGCGUCACGCCGUAUCCUGGGAUGAAGGUGGAUCACACGUUCUACUCAAUGAUUGAGAGAGGAUUUAAGAUGGAGUGUCCGUACUAUUCCAACAUGUCUGUGUACGAUAUGAUGUGCAAGUGUUGGUCUCUGGAACCGUGCGACCGCCCGUCUUUCUCCAAACUGGUGUCCUUCAUGUGUGACCAGCUGACGGACAGAGAGGAGAAGCUCUACCACAACAUGCUCGACCAAGCGUCUGGCGACUACCAGAACGCCCCGGACACUUUGGACAUCGCGGCCUUGGCGAAGCAGGACGUGAACAAGACACAGUCUUCCAACGAUUACUGUCAAACCCGCGCAAGUGAAGAAAGCAAAGUGGAAGUGUUCGAUGCUGAUGCUGUGGCCGCUGAGGAGGAACUUAUGAAGCCAUCUGAUGGAAAGUGAUCACCUAUAACCAGCCUUGUAUAAAGUAUCUUACGAAGUUGCAGUCACUUUUUAUAAUAUUACUUAAGUAAAAGCCUUAAAGUAUAUGACAUUUACUGUAUUAAAGUAUCAAAAGUCAUUUUCUGAUAUAAAAUGUACUUAAGUUUUAGGAAUAAAUGUAUUUUUUAAAAAGUGAGGAGUUAUGAUUGAGAGAUGAUGGCUCAGUGGUGAGUUGUCUUUCUACUAGACGGUUGUGGGUUCAAUUCCUGACUCUGCUAGUCCAUAUGUGUCACUUAACCCCAAGUUGCAGGGUGUGAAAGACAUGUGAAGCGGAAAAAAUGUAGUGUAAAGCAGCGCUAUAGAAAUACAGACCAUAAUACCAACUUCUAUCUUCUUCUGAUUUUAUUUGGUAGUAACGAGUAACAAAGAGAGUUGAGAGGAAAUGUAGUGGAGUAAAAGUAAAAAGUUACAAGAAAUAUAAAUAACAAAGUAAAGUACAGAUACGUGAAUUUUGUAUUUAAAUACAGUGUUUGUACUUUACAACACUGCCCACAACUAAAUCAGUGUUGCUGUUCAAACUGUGUUAUCAACUGUUUGUUUUUAAAAAGCACUUGUUUCUUUGUCAUUGGUGGAUUUAUAUAACAUACGUUGUCAUUACAUCAGGGAUCUGGAUCUGGAUGUGGAUGUGGAUGUGGAUGUAAAUACAGUAUUUUUUUAAUCAUGAUUUAUUGUGCAGCUCAGUGGAAAAAAAAGUGUCAUAAAAGACAUGUAAGCUAUGACUUUUAUCUGCAUUAGAUACUGGAGUGACUGAUCAACAAUAUGAAAAAUACUGUAUAUCCCUGUUGUUGUUAUACAUCAAGUAUUUUAAAGAGAAUUCCAAUAUUUCAGCUACAAUCCAGUUUUGUAUACGUUUCUAUAUACAAUACAGUAUUCUUUACAUUUAAGCUUAGUAUUAAAAUGACAACCAAUCAUUGCAAUAAAGGUUUGUUACUUUUA